AUAACCAAACAAAAAGAGAAACAAAUAUAAAGAGAAAGUUCAGAAGAAGAAAGUAAAAGUUGAUAGAUGAAGUAAUUGAUUGAUGUAAUGCAUCAAAAGAAAUCAGAAAUUCAGAUCGGAAAAGAAAGUACCGGAAUCUCUUCCGAUUUCAACCCUAAAUUCAAUUCCAUUUCAAUUCAUCACAAACAACAAAAUCACUCAAAUCCACCAAUUCAUAAUCAUAAUCAUAAUCCUAAAAUCAACAAACUCAAACAUUCCAAAUCAAACUAUUUCCCCCAAUUUCCCAAACCUUCUUAUUUACACUCCAUCUCCCUCGCCGCACUCCGCCGUCUCCGCCACCGUCUCCGUCUCAUCCUCCUCUUAUCACUCCCUUUCUUCUACUUUCUACUCUCUCCUCCUACUCACUCCUUCAUCUUCAACUUCCUCUCCGCUUUCGCUUUCUCCGCCGCACUUUUCUUCUCUCUCUCACUCAAAUUCAAGUUCAAAUCAACUCCCUCGCUUCCUAUUGUUUUGACACUCCAGCGGUGGAAGCGGAGGAGGAGGGAACGGAAAGAAGCAAGCACGGUGGUGGUUUUGGAAGUUAGAGUUUAUUCGAACGGUGACGUAUAUGAAGGUGAAAUGAAAGGAGGGAAAUGUAAUGGGAGUGGUGUUUAUUACUAUAAUAUGAGUGGAAGAUAUGAAGGUGAUUGGAUUGAUGGUAAAUAUGAUGGAUUUGGUGUUGAGAUUUGGUCAAAAGGAAGUAGAUAUAAGGGUAUGUAUAGAGAUGGUUUCAGAAAUGGUUUUGGUGUUUAUAGAUUUUAUACUGCUGAUGUUUAUGCUGGUCAGUGGUUUAAUGGUCACUGUCAUGGUUCUGGUAUUCAUACUUCUGAUGAUGGUGGUAGAUUUGUUGGUCAGUUUAAAUGGGGUGUUAAACAUGGUCUUGGUCACUAUCAUUUUAGAAAUGGAGAUACAUAUGCCGGUGAAUAUUGCGCAGACAAGAUGCAUGGAUUUGGGGUAUAUUGUUUUGCAAAUGGUCAUCGUUAUGAAGGAACCUGGCAUGAGGGGAAAAGACAAGGUCUUGGAAUGUAUACGUUUAGAAAUGGAGAAACCCAAUCUGGUCACUGGCAAAAUGGAGUCCUUGAUGUUCCAAGCACACAGAAUGCCACAUUUCCUGUUUCCCCUGUUGGUGUCAAUCACUCCAGAGUACUUAAUGUAGUGCAGGAAGCUAGAAGAGCAGCUGAGAAAGCCUAUGAUGUAGCGAAGGUAGAUGAAAGAGUUAAUAGAGCAGUAUCAGCAGCUAAUAGAGCAGCAAAUGCAGCUAGAGCAGCUGCUGCCAAGGCUGUGCAAAAUGAAAUCCAUCUUAACAAUGAAAGCAUCCGAAUUCCCAUUUUAUGACAGUAUCAACUACAACUUUUUGUUUUAGUAGAGAAGCAUGUUGAAGAGAUUGGUAGCUAGCUAUUCUGGACUAAACUGUCAUCAUCUCCAUCGGUUGUUAGCUAAAAGCAAGCAGAUUUAUUAUCUAUCUGCUGAGUCUUGUAUAGAGGAAGAAAGGGUGAUGACUAAUGAGUGAUGACGACGUUCAUAUGAUAAACUAUAUGCAUUUCAUUUCUUUUUAAAUUUUGCCAACAUUUUUGUAAAUUUAUGUAGCUGUAUAUGUCGGUAUGCUGCUGAAACCUCAACCUAGCUACUGUUGUAAGAUCGCAUUGAAAAAAUAACAAGAGGAAAACUAUCAUUCAUAACAUAAGAUUUUAGUUCUAUUUUCCCAAUUUGAUCUUUGCUUUAUCUGACUUGGGAAUGAAGUGUUUUAUACUCUACCUAUUAUUAAGUUGUUGAUUAGUCAGAUACAACACUAAAUAUUGUAUAAUGGAAUGUUAUGAGUUAGUGUUUAUUUUAUUUUUUGAAUAA